AUGAGCAAGGAUAUCAAUAGCUAUGACUUAGUUCCCCGAAUUCUGAGGUUUAAUGAAGCAGUUAGAGAAACCAGGGGCACUAUAAGUGAGACUGAGUUUAUAGUGUCAGAUGAAGAUGUUGUAUCCAUUAAUCGACUAAAUAUGAAGCAGAAACUUGCAAUCGACAUUAUUACAGCUUAUGUAUACAAUAAUUUGAAAGGAUCUUUCUUCUUAGAUGAACCAGGAGGGAUGGGCAAAAGGUUUUUAUAUAAAGCUUUAUUGGCUGAUAUCAGAUCAAAAGGUUUCAUAGCACUAGCUACAACAUCCAGUGGAGUUGCAGCAUCUAUUCUUCCUGGAGGACGAACUGCCCAUUCACGCUUCAAAAUACCGAUCAAUAUGGACAUAAGCAAUAUGUGUACAGUUAGCAAACAGAGUGUAUUAACAAGAUUACUUCAACAGGCAAAGCUAAUAAUAUGGGACGAAACUCCAAUGAAGCACAGAAUAGGAAUCAAAGAAGUAGACAAACUACUGAGAGAGUUGAUGGACACCGAUGAUCUUUUUGGAGGCAAAGUCAUAGUUUUUAGGGGUGAUUUUCGUCAAGUACUUUCAAUUGUAACAAAAGGAUCGAAGCCUGAUUUUAUACAGUACUCAACAAAAGGAUAA